UUUUCUCCUCCUCUGACUUGGCCCAUUUCUUCUUUCACCACCCCCCCGGGACCGUACAGGGCCAACCAACAAGUUUUCCCCCUUGUCAAACCCCUGAUCUCAGCAUUUCCCAUCUCUAAAUUGUUUUCCUCAUCGAUUUAUCGUUACCAAUUUCAUCUCAGACUAAAACAAGGAUUUAAUGAGAUGAAGUAGGUGGAAAAUUGUACACAGAAAGAGCGUGAGGGAGAACAAUGGAAAACCUGAUCGGCCUUCUGAGGAUUCGGGUGAAGCGUGGGGUGAACCUCGCCGUUCGUGAUGUUCGUAGCAGCGAUCCUUACGUCGUCGUAAGGAUGGGCAGACAGAGACUCAAGACUCGUGUGAUAAAGAAGGAUGUAAAUCCUGAGUGGAAUGAAGACCUGACCCUUUCAGUUACAGACCCGAGUCGUCCGAUAACAAUAACGGUGUAUGACCAUGACACGUUCAGCAAAGAUGACAAAAUGGGGGAAGCAGAGUUUGAGAUAAGACCGUUUAUAGAAGCGGUGAACAUGAGGCUGGAUGGGCUGCCGAGCGGGACGGUGGUGAGAAGAUUGUAUCCAGGCAGGCAAAAUUGUUUGGCGGAUGAGAGCUGCAUUACGUACAGCGAAGGCAAGGUUGUGCAAGAUUUGGUGCUCAGAUUACGCAAUGUUGAAUGUGGUGAAGUUGAAAUCCAAUUGGAAUGGAUCCGCGUUCCUUCUACUUCCCGUUCCAUUUAGCUUCUGCUUCCUGGGUAUAUUCUUUACAUCGCUACGCCUUGUGUUUUCUGCUGCUACUUAUCAUCCUGUAUCUAUUUUCUGCCCUCUUCUUUUACUCCCUUUAGUUCCCUUCUCUGCAUACUUUGGAACGCUUUUUCAUUCAUCAUUGAAAGAAAACCUGUUUUGUUACUCCGAAGACUCGUUUUGUAAGCAAGUGACGGUAAAAGAACAAAGAUUUUCGGAAAGAA